ACGUGUUGUGUAAUUAUUGCCGUAGAUACCAACAGCGCUUUGAGCGCUGUAGUUGCCAGAACUCCGAGAAUCGGGCUCGGCUACACUAGGCUACGAUAAGAGGGCAACAAAGACAUUUGAACAGACUGUUGGUGUUUGCGAUGAUUAUCAGGAAGAGAACAGGUGUAGCACACCUGCUUGGAUCGCCCUGUUGCAGUAUCAGCUUUUGAAACUUAAAGCUGUCGAAACCACACUACCAGCGGACUCCUCUCUCUGAAUAGACUCAGAUAUAUCGGCCAAGUCAUGCAAACGAGACACCCCAAUGGGAUUGAACCUUUGUGCACCUAGAAAUUAGACUUGUCCACGUCGGAUUACGUGCUGCGUUGUCAAAGUCCUUAAAGUCUGCCACCUGUGUACGCGGCUGUCGGACGCUGACAUGGGGAAUCAGGUGGAGAAAUUGACACAUCUAAGUUACGCAGAAGUUCCGACUGCAGAUCCAAACGGGUUUGACCCGGAGGAUGACUGUCCACGCAUUGGAGUGUCCUAUAUCUUCUCGAACGAUGACGACGACCAGGACGACAGCCUUGAACGGACCGACAGAGAGCCAAACGAGGAAGACAAUCAGUAUGACAAGGGGAACGAGUUGGAGUGUGCUGUUUACUACCGAGAGGAAUGUGUGUAUGAAAGGAGCCUUAAAUUGAUAGAAUUAGGAACGCACUCGCCUGAAAAUCUUCUGAACAAGUGCAAGCCCGGUGACUUGGUCGAAUUUGUGGCUAAUGGUCAAUAUCCACAGUGGGCAGUGUAUGUCGGAGACUUCCAGGUGGUUCAUUUAUACAGGGCAGAAGUUAUAACCAAUUUUUUGACGGACGCCUGUCAAGGCAAAAGAGGCAGAAUAGUAAACGACCUUUAUAAAUUCCGACCGUUAAACGCUGACGUGGUGGUGCAGAACGCAAUGGAGCAAGUCGGAGCUAAAGACCGAGAGCUGAAUUGGAGAAACUCCGAGUGCUUUGCAGCUUGGUGCAAAUUUGGCAAGCGCGAAUUCAAAAUUGGUGGGGAAAUACGAAUUGGAAAGCAGCCGUACAGGAUGAAAUUACAACUGUCUGAAAAGAAAAGUCACGUUUUGGAAUUUCAAAGUUUGGAGGACUUGGUUUUGGAGAAAAGGAGGAAUGACCAAAUUGGCAGGGCAGCUGUUGUACAGGAGCUAUCUAAUCAUCUCAAUUGCACGGAUGGCAUUAAGAAUGAACAGGAUUGCAAUUAAUGGAAUAAAAAACAUCGGUUUGUAAUUGAAGGGAUGGCUGGCGUUUCAAAGAUGACGUGCACUACAACUGUGGAUAGUGACUUGAUUAUUAGUAAUCACUUGCUAGGCAGUGCCAGCCAUUCUCUCCGAGAGUCUAACCCGUUGAUUGGUUGGAACAUAUCUCUCCAUUCCAGUAAAAGAGUUUUGUAAAUGUAUGCAUUUUUAGACCAAAACACUUUUUUACGCACCCGCUUCAAGUGAGCUGAACGCUCAAGUGACUAACUCAGGCGUUAAAAAAGACACCCUUUGGUAAAAGUCACGUAAAGUUGGUUCAGUCAAUACUGUGAUUUAAAGCUUUACUCAAUUUUAUUUUCAUGAUCUCUUUGACAAAUUCAUAGUCUAUAACUGAGUGUAUUUUAACUAAUAAAUAAAUUAAAUAUUUUUCAUAAA